GCCCACAGUGCGUGGAUCCGUGGAGUAAUUGCGGGCUAAUGACAGCAGAGCUCUCGGAUAAGAGAAGUUAAGUCUUAAUGAAGAGACAUUUCAACAUCACGGAAGACAGAAAUAAGCUCAGUGUUUGGAAAUGUCUGCACUGCAACCUUUGGUUAAAGCCUGUUGUGCGUGGAUAAGGAGCGCGGCGUUAACACCUGGGAGUCCUGGAUCCAGCUGUUGAACCGUUUCAGUGUCUCUGCCUUCAGAGCUGCAGGAUGAGGCUGUGGCCUCUGCUCCUCAUGAUCCCAGUGUGCACAUCCUCCUCUCUGACAGCAGAGAUGCCUAAAGAGAGAGAUGCGGCCCCGAGGCGCCGCUGCUUCGACCGCGCCUGCAACCCCCGCAUGGGGAACCUGGCCCACGGCCGGCUGCUCGGGUCCCGCUCCGUCUGCGGCUCCAACGGGUCGGAGCCGUUCUGCUGGUUCCCGCAGAGCGGGGAGUCCUGCCCGGCCCCGCGGUGCGGCCGCUGCCACGCCGGCCGGCCCGGCCAGGCUCACCCUCCCUCCGCCAUGAGCGACUGCUCCUUCCGCGACCCCGACACCUGGUGGCAGUCGGCCGAGGGGGCGCGGGAGGACGCGCUGCAGCUGGACCUGGAGACGGAGUUCCUCUUCACGCAUGUGAUCCUGGUGUUCCGCUCCCCGCGGCCCGCCGCCAUGCUGCUGGAGCGCUCCCAGGACCACGGACGCACCUGGAAGACCCUCACCUACUUCUCCCGGGACUGCCAGGAGGUGUUCGGCCUCCAGGAGGGCUCGGAGAGCGGGGUCACCUGUACUUCCAAGUAUUCUGGAGCUUCUCCCUGCACCAGAGGAGAGGUGAUUUAUCGAGCCCUGUCGCCUUGGCAUUCAGUAAAUCCCUACGGAGCGACUGCUCAGGACCAGCUUCUGAUCACCAACCUGAGAGUGCGUCUGCUGCAGAGACAGCAGUGUCCGUGCCAAGCCAAACAUCCUGAAGCAGCUUCCCUCCCAACAAAUCAUUACGCCAUCUACGAUUUUAUUGUCAAAGGCAGCUGCCUUUGCCAUGGACAUGCGGACCAGUGCGUAGCGGCCAGGGGCUACCGACCAGGCCGGCCCAAGGCCAGCAACGUGGUGAGCUUCACCAAUGUCCACGGAAAGUGCGUUUGCCGACACAACACGGCCGGCGACCACUGUGAGCGCUGUGCACCUCUGCACAACGAGCAGCCGUGGCAGGCGGCCAACGGCAUCAUGGACGCACCGCAUGCUUGCCAGAAGUGCAAGUGCAACAACCACGCCAAGAGCUGUCAUUUCAGUCGAGGGCUGUGGCUGGCGACGGGACGGCGAAGUGGAGGCGUGUGUGACGGCUGCGACCACAACACAGAGGGCCGCCACUGCCAGAGCUGUAAGACGGGCUUCUACAGGGACCCGAGCCGUCCAAAAACCGCCUCAGACUCCUGCAAACCCUGCUCUUGCCAUCAUGUCGGCUCCGUCCUCGCGGGUGGCAGCCCCCUCUGCAACCCUAGCAGCGGGGGGUGCGCUUGUAAGCCUGGCGUCGGAGGCUCCCACUGCGACAGGUGCAUGAUGGGAUACUGGGGGCUGCAUGAAUACGGCUGCCGUCCAUGUGACUGCACGGGGAGCUGUGACCCCUACACCGGAGACUGCACAUCUGGCUCGGAUACGGAGGUCCUCUACGCAGCCGGUGACCACAUGGGACGCAGCAGCAGCAGCAGCAGCAGCAGCAGCAGCAGCAGCAGCAGCGAUAACAGUGAGACGACACUGUUUAGGGCAGAGGAGCUUUUCUCUGCACUGCACCACUCUGAGAGCUGUGACUGUGCAGAAGUUACCUUCGGAAGUCCUAAACUGUUCUGUGCUGCGGAGUUCGACUAUGUGCUGGUGGUGAAGGUGAUGUCCGCUCACGAUAAAGGCUCUCAUGCAGAGGUGGAGGUUAAGGUCAAGAAGGUCCUGCAUCAGAGCCCCCAGAUGAAGCUCCGUCAGGGAAGCGUCACCCUCUACCCCGAGUCCUGGACCGUCCAAGGCUGCACCUGUCCCAUCCUCAACCCAGGGUCUGAGUAUGUGGUGGCCGGCCAUGAAGACUCAAAGACCAGGAGACUUCUGGUCAACACCAAGAGCCUCGUCAAACCGUGGAAGUUGAGCUUGGGUCGCAAACUCCUCCACAUCCUCAGGAAAGACUGCGGCAGAGAACUGUUGAGAAGAACGGCGGACGGAGGAGUGAAAUCAUCCUCCGUAAUGUACGGAUGACGUGUCGGAGAAGUGAAAAGGUCACCUGACAAUUGCGAGAGAGACUCUUUCUGAUUUAUACUUUGGACACUCAAAGCAAAGCUUGAUAUAUUUUGUUCCUGUUGCCAAAAAAGGAGUUGCCAAAAUAAGGAUGCUCCGGUCGCUAAGAAUCUGGCCGCGGCAGAAUCGGGUUUGAAGAAAACAAAAGAAAACCACAAAGACUUUCAUCCAGACAAAGCUGAUGUUGUCACUUUAUUCCUCUGCUAUGUAAUGCCUCAAACUCAUGAAUCCUUCCAGAGUAUUUAUACAGUAGUAACUAGUGUGAAGUAAACACUCAUUUAUACUUGUCUCCCUGCCAAAGUUGAUGUCAGUGUCUGUGAAACGAGGCGCAGUCACGUCCUGCUUCGCCCCUUUUGAUGAGAACGGUUUACUUUGAAAGUUUUGCAAAGGCACAGACUGAAUUAUUCCCAGAUAUGUGGUCAUAAAUAUGAAUGAGUCAACAUCAGAAAUAUGUGUGUUGUGUAAGUAAACUGUGAGUCCUUGGCUUGGGAGUCUGUCUGGGACUUCGCAGGUUGGUACAGGUAUAUGGAGCUAGAACAGUCUCAUAAUUCACAAAUACACACGCCGAUCCACAAAUGCACAGGACAAAAUUCACAAAUGCACAGACAGAUUCACAAAUACACAGAACAAUUCACAUGUGCUUAGGACAAUAUAUACAAAUGUGUUUUUGAUGCACACACAAAUAUAACCUGAUUCACAAAUGUUUUUUUGUCUGUGAGCUGCGCUGGAUUUGCGUGUGACUUUUGAGAUUGGCUGAAACAAAGGAAGACAUCUGAUUGGUUGCAAAUCCUUCAGUGUUAAAA